AUGGCACACGAAAAUGAUUAUGAUGAGUCCUGCGUGGAGGAUACAGGUCUGGGCUCUUACUCUUAUAUGUGUACCCGUCGCUGGCCCGAAAUGCCUCACGAUGCACCCCAAAGCAUAGAUGAAGCGGUGGCUCGAAUCGACCAGAUGUACGAAUCAGGCAUACCCUUUUUCACCAAGGAUGCGAUACGGAGCGCCUUUGAGCAGUGCCAGCAAGAGCCUGCAAGCGGCAAGAAGAUCUACCUCCCGGGCCUGGACGGCGCGAUAGUUGAGUUCGAUACUUGGACGGGGGAGAGCAGGCCCGGAACGAGUAUGGAUGGCGACGAAGUCAAAUUGGAUCGUCUACUGCUGGCCCCAAGUCUCAGGUACGAAUGCCGGGCGAGUCUGAAGCAUAGUCUCUGGUGGGGCAGCCACGUCGACUGCCCGCCUUUCUGCUCGCUGCUCCUUGCCCACCCGUCCAUUUCGAUGCGGUCGGGUACAAAAGAGUUGUACGAACCCCGGCCUCGACCGGUGCGCGCAGAUGUCGCCAAGGCGUUCGAGGGCCAUGCUCAGAAAUGGCGGGAAAGCGAGAUGUGCCUGAAGCUCGAGCAGAUUCUAACCAAGGCCGCAGCCGCGCAUGAGAUCACCAAGGUGGUGGGACUUGCGCUGGGCACGAUCUCGUACAUGGACAAUGAAUACCCGCGAUCCGCUGUCCAGCAUGCAUUGCUGCUUACAUUGCGGGACUGGCUGACGGCGAAGGGAGGAAGGGCAGAUCAAGAUGUUCCUUGCUUUGCCCAAGACCCGAUCUAUAAGUCUAUGGACAAGGCCAUCCUGCGGGAGCACGGGGUCGAGGUGGUCAAUGACCCUCGAGCCUGGCUAGAGAUUGAUGACACAUCUAUUGUGUUCUCCUGUGCCCCCGAUGUGCCUGUCAAGGAAAUUGUGGCUGAUAUUGCUCGACCAGCUGUCGUCAUCUGGGAGCAGGUUGAUCAUGAGGAUGCAGACCAAAAGGGCGGAGAAUCUAGAACCGAUCCCAGCUCGCCUCGAGUGCGGGCGAUGAUGGAGGGCUAUGCAAUGUUCGACUUCGACGCGGAUGACACCCAUUUUUGCAAUACGGUCGUCUAUGUUCGACGAUGUCGGGAGUGA